AUGGCGGACAAGCCGAGAGGAUUGGAGGCAGCAGCGUAUCGGUACAAUUGCCAACCAUGCAAGCAGCGCAAGACCAAAUGCGACCGGGUCAAGCCGUGCGCAAGUUGCCAGUUGAGGGGAAUCCAGGAUAAGUGCUACAUCGAUGGUGGAGCAACUUCAGAGACUUGCACAGCAGCGGGCGCGAGGUCGCAGAAAAAAGCAAGAUUCAGCUACGGCAAGUCAGAUGCCAGCAGCAGCAAUGUAGCAGACUCAGCGAGUGAUUCAAGCUUGGCUUUGCCCGCAUCAUCGCCACAAAGGAAUACACCAUCAGUCGCAUCACCCAUUCCAUUGCCAAGUACACUGUCACAGGUCAAAACAUCGGCAAUUCAAGACCACAUUGCAACACUGCGCGCCACCAUCGACCACCUGGAAUCUUCCAUCCUGCCUAGAUCCACAAGCCGAAACUCAUCGCCGUCAAGGUGUCGGUCAUCGCGCUACAUUGAUGCAGCGUCGAGCUCGCAACUUGUACUGACGACGAACCCGCGAGUGGUUUGGACAGACGUAGCACACCUCUUCCCGCCCAAACACGAUGUGGAGCGUAUUCUGGAAUACUUUCUGACCGAAAUGGUGUACAUCAUGAUUCCGAUCCAGGAGAAGCAGCUCUGGCGAGCAUGGCUUCGAUUGACCGGUAGCAGUUCUCCAGCUGCACCUGCAUUCCAAGAUAAUGCUCACGACCCAGCGAUGUAUCAACCUGGCAUCUCUCGACCCAUGGUAGCGAGUCUGCUCAUCUGCCUUGCAUCCACUUCCUUCCUGAUUCCACAGAAGAGGGAGCAGGAGCUGGGACUGACGUGCGCCAUGGCGGAACAACGAGACCGUUGGAUCACGUGCGCCAUGGCACUCGCUCGUGGUGUUAUGCCGACCAACUCGGCCACUGCGAAUUCACAGCAGCAGCCAUGGUUGCACUACAUUGACUCCACCCUCGACACGUCGCUGGACAUGUUCGGGUUUGAGACGCUCGCCUGUCGCAUCUUUGCAUUGAUCGGUAUGAGCGAGGUGGCGUACCACCUGAAUGGCGAGUGUCUACGUCGAGCGAUCCGCAUCAACCUUUACGACGAAACUUCGGCCAAAGCUUGCGAGCUGCUCUCGGUGGAUGAUGCGCAACUUACGGAUGAGGAGGUGGUGCAGAUGAGGAGGAGGAUUGGGGCGCAGAUGGUGGUGAUCGAGAGAUGGACGUGUCUGUACACGGGCAGACAACCGAUGAUCGAUGAGGAUGCAGAGACGCUGCCGUGUCCAGAAGCCGGUGCAUGGUUGGAGAGCGAGGAGAUUGCAUACCUGUUUUCGCGCAUUGUAUCAAAGCUGCGUCGGCUGCCGACGCAACUUGCGAGCUUGACCACGCGCAAGCCGGGCGAUUGGUCGAUCCAACGCUCACGCGAUCAGGAAGCUGUCCAACUCAUCCUGGACCUCGAUCGUGCGCUGUGCGCGGCGUACGACCCGUCGGUGCCGCGCGCGACGGCGAACGGUCGAUCGCACACGCAGAUCCUCGCCGAACUCCCGGAAAUGCUGGAACGCAACCUACACCUCUCGAUGAGCGACACGCAGAUCAACAAGGUGCACCGCGACUUUGCCAAUGCGCUCGUACUCACCUCGUCUUGGCUAUCUCUACGCUGCCUUGUAACGAGCAAUCUGAUGUUCCUGCCGUGGGUGAGCGACGUUGCGUCGAGGCACAACGCAUUGAACUUGGCCAGGAGGUUGAUUGAGCUCUUGCCGAGCAUCUGGAUGAUGGCUAGCUCUCCGUAUGUUCCGUUCAGCUCGAGCUGGAUCAGUAGACAUCUGUUCUUGGCAUGCACAGUCUUGAGUGUGCCCAUUCUGGGGCAGGAACCGACGUCAUCGUCGGACGCGCACGCGCGUGCGGACAAGAGUCGUUGGUCACAAAAGCGCAACAGCGCCCACGUAUCUGCACCUGGAUCUGGCUCGGUUGGCGAUGCUGCCAACGCCACCGGCGGCGAUUUUGCACCUUCGAGAAUGCAAAGCAACCAGAUGCUGGCCAAGCUCUCUUGGAAACACGUGGACAGCAACAGCGCGUUGCAGCGGCUGCCAGCAUCGUCAUCGGUUGAUCUCGACUGGUUUUCGGGUAAACUGGUCGAGAUCGCUUCGCUGUUCAGCAAGCUCGCCGAGCGCGGCGAUCAGACGGCCGGCGUCAAUACCAAGUUGAUCCAUGCGCUGCUGAAUGGUCGCGCCGAGUUGAGAGAUCGCGUGCUGCUCAAGUUUGGUCAGAAGCAGAACCGGGUGAGCGAGAUGCAGAUGGCAAAGCACGCGCCGCACGAGCGCGCGGUGGGCAGAUUUGAGAGCCAGCUCGAUCUGACUUCGUUUGUUGCAGCGGCCAGUAUAGGCACGAGUCCGAGCAGCACGCCGACGAGUGCUGCGACGAAUGCCAACGCGAACUCACCCGUCCAUUUCAACGGCGGCGGUGUCGGCGGCGGUGGUGGUGCAAGUGCGCGGGGAUACAGCAACAGGCCGAUGCCGAACAACGACGUACUGGUGGCGUCGAGAGACGAGCUUGUCGAGACGCAGAGGGUGCGGUCGCCGAGCCUGCAUGAUCUGGCCAACGCCGUGGACACGUACACGCAGACCAACUGCUCACACGCCCCGGCGCCCACCGGCGCCCACAUGUCCGGUCCGUCGUCGGUUGCGCACCCCCAUCGCCAGUCGCAGCACAGACAUGACGCCACCACCACCGCCAUCGGCUGCGACUGGGACAAGCCCGGCUUCUCCCCUUGCACUACCACGCAGCCCGAUGCACUCGCCAACAUCCCGCUCCUCCUCGAAACGCACGACUGGCUCGCCAUCCUCGAUAGCGUAGACAUCCCACUCUAA